UUCUGAUGACAGCGGAGGGCCUGCACACUGGGUCAGUCUUUUUCCGGGGUUCAAACAGCAAGUAUAGCGUUCAUCACGGACAGCGGAGGACCGUCGGCGGUGAAUUGUUCGUCUACAUCUGCAGCAUUAGCACCUUGUCGUCACCGAGGGUCCGAACCAUUACUCCGGCAAACUGUUCGCAGCUAACUAAACUACAUAGUUAGCCACGACAGCGCAGAGGUAUGUCUGAAAAUAGUCUUGAGGCUGAAUCGGGGAAGACCUCAACCGAGGACUCUGAGAUGGAUUGUGAGGGAGUGAAAAAAUCGGAAGAGAGUGCGAGUCAGGAUGACGAACGGGAGAUUGUAGACGACAGUAGGCGAAGAGAUGACGAAGACGAAGUGAUGUACGACGUUGACAUUGACAGCGCCGAUGAAAAUGCAGAAAAGAGCGGCGACGAGGCCGUUCCGGAGGCGGACGAGGCCGUUCGGUGGCAGAGUGCAGUGACGUACGGCGACAGUGUAGAAAACGGGGGACAAGAGACAGAUCGUCACGUUGAAGCCGCUGACACGCCGGAGGAAAGCGGAGAUUCUCACACAAAGGAAGCCACGAUGACCGAGGAGGGCCAGAGAAGCUCAGCCGCUGAGAUCCCAGUGACCAGCAACGGAGACCUGGAUCAGAGCCCCGAGGCCGUGUUCCAGAGGGACUCGUACCCCGGUGGCCCCGGGGCCCCGAACCUUUCAGAGUCCCGUGUCACCUCCGGCAACUUGGCUUCAACGACGGAGGGCAUCAUUGAAUCGGGGCCGUACAGAGGGUCAGCCAGCCUGCCCACGUCCCCCGUGGCGCCCGUCGCGCCCAGCUCGGCGGUCGCUAGCCGCCUGGCGCGCUCCUCCAGCGAUAGUCAGGCUGAGAAAGGCGUGAUGAAUGAACAGCCUCAGAGUGGAGCGGUGGUCCUUUCAGAUGACUUGAAGAACCCGGCCAUGGAAAAACUGGACCUAGUGAGGAAGUGGAGCAUCAACACGUAUAAAUGUACCAGGCAGAUCCUGUCGGAGAAGCUGGGUCGGGGCUCGCGGACCGUGGACCUGGAGCUGGAGACUCAAAUCGAAGUCCUCCGCGACAAUAAGAGAAAGUACCAGAACGUGAUCAGGCUGGCUCAGACUCUGUCUGCGCAGCUGUCCCAGAUCAUGCAGACGCAGCGGCAGCUGGGCGACGCCUUCGCCGACCUCAGCCUCAAGUCGCCAGAGCUGCACGAGGAGUUCGGUUACAACGCUGAAACCCAAAAGCGUCUGUCCAAAAACGGAGACACGCUGCUGAGCGCCAUCAACUUUUUCAUCUCCAGUGUGAACACGCUCGUGGACAAAACGAUUGAGGAUACUCUGAUUAAUAUCAAACAGUACGAAUUUGCCAGGAUCGAGUACGACGCGUACCGUACCGAUCUGGAGGAGCUGAACUUGGGGCCCCGUGACGCCACCACCGCGCCCAAGAUCGAGGUCGCCCAGCUGCAGUUCCAGGUCCACCGCGAGAAGUACGAGAGGAUGCGCAACGACGUCUCCGUCAAGCUGAAGUUCUUGGAAGAGAACAAGGUGAAGGUGUUGCACAACCAGCUCAUCCUGUUCCACAAUGCCAUCGCCGCGUACUACGCCGGAAACCAACAACAGCAGCUGGAACAGACACUCAAGCAGUUCCACAUCAAGUUGAAAAUGCCAGGUGGGGACAGUCCAUCUUGGCUGGAAGAGCACUAAUCACUCCGCUUUGACGGGAAAUGUCAAAUUCGGCGAGACCCUCCCCUCCGUUCCCCCCCUUCAACUCGACUGCCUUUCAAACUUUCACAAUUGUAAAUCUUUUAACGCGAUACUCAAAACUAUAUAUAGAAAAAACAAACAAAAACAACCUCCUACAAUCCUUUUUACUCUUGUUGUUAAAUCAUCGUUGUUCAUCUUGCAGUGAUUUUGAAAUCAUCGGAAGCGCACUUUUAAACUCGUUUGAUAAAUCUGCUGGACGGGAGUUGCUGCAGGGAACACGUUUGGAAACUGUAAAUGGCCUUUUACCAUCCGGCAUGUGAAUGUCGUAUCUCGGCACAGCGGACUCGUCGGCUCCGGCGGGACGGCAACGGGAUCCAAACGGCCGCCGGCGCCACGUCAUAUACAGUCGACCGGCAUCUAGACGGAUACUUUAAGUCUCAUCGGGAGGCUUCAGGAGACUCGACGUGAAUUCUCUCGUGAUUUGAUUUGACGCCUCUUGUGAUAAACGGGGCAAAGCGGCAUUCAGAUGUGCGGCUCAUGCAUGCAAACUCUGAGUAAAGUGGCAGUCUGACAUUUUGGGGUAACGUUCCUAUUUUGCCGUUUGUUCAAUGUAGGACGACAGACGGCAGCCGCUUAGCUUAGCAUAAAGACUGAAAUUGUUAUCUGUCAGGGUAACCUGGCUCUUUAAAGCUGAACACAAUGCCGUCUUCCAGCACGGCUCAAGCGCACUCAUAUGAAGACCUAAGUGUAUACAAAUAAAAUAAAUUAAGACGUGGUUUUACAGAUUAUGUGCCUUUGGACAGAGCCAGGCUAACGGUUCCCCCUGAUUAGUCUUUAUGCUAAGCUAACCAUUUAAAAGUGCAAACAUGAAAAUGCUUUUGAUCUUCUCGUUUAACUCUCAACCCUCAAACAAAUGAGUGUCUCCUAAACUCUAGAACUAUUUCUUUAAAUCGAUAUGUUAAAAUCAUGUGUGUCUGUUCACAACACGCUGCAUGUUGUGACAUGAUGACGCUGACGGGAUGCUUUUUAUAAUCGAUAUUCUCUGUCUGGCAUGUGACUGGAUGGGUAAAAGUGUUUUGAGUCUCUUAUAUCCCAGAAGAAAAAAAAUGAAGGACCAGCCUUAUGUGACUAAAUGUGCCUUGAAUUCUUGAAUUUGUUCUUCUGUGCUUCGAUAUUUGAAUUGUUGGAAGAAGAAAAAAAGGCACUUUCACUUCCGGUUUUCAGGACCAACUCUGGACGGAAGAGAAUGGACCAAACACGCACACACACACACACACACACUCAGAGGACGGUACAGUUAGAGUCUGUAUAACUGUACCUCCUUAAACAUUAACACACAUAGGAUAGCUGUGUUAAACACUCCAGUAACAUUCAGAGAGCCUCCAUAUAUUUGUACGGCUCGCUGUUCUCAAAGAUAUUUAUCCGUAUUGCACACGUGCACAUUUAUGCAUUUAAGACCAAUUAAAAAUAAACUGUAUAUGUGAGGUGAAAACCAAAAUACGAUUAACUUUUUGUAAAUUUGAAAUGCCAGCAUUCCGUUGUGAGAGCUGCUCAGUUUGUUUCAUUGGGCUGAAUAAAAGUAUAUUUUUCAAAGGGGACACACUGAAACGCUGUUAUCCAUAACCAGCUGUCACUUUGUGGAGUUGUACUUUUCCUAUGGCUCACCAUAGCGGCUUGUGAGUGUGAAUCUUGUACAACAAUCUAUUGUUUCCUUAAAAUAGAUGGAUAUAUAUAUUUGUAAUCUUCUCUAUUUGACCUUGUAGUUUACAAUCAAUGCUGCCAUUUGGCUUUUGUUUUGGGUUAUUUUUCUUUUCUUCCUGAAGACCUACAGAAUGAUGUGCUAGUCCUAGUAUUUGCUGGUGGGUCUUUUGCCUUUUUUGGUCAUGAUAAAACAUUAACAAAUGUUGAGUUAAGAAAAAGGAUUCUGAAUGUUGUGUAAACUCUUUUGGGAAGAUUAAAGUUUCUUUUCUUUA